UAAACAAGAAGAGUUCAAAAAGAAGAAGUAGCACGGAGUAGGAUCCCCCUCAAAACUAAAUUCCAUGUCAGUCUAAUUGGAGGCAUACACGGACGGUAGAGCAUCUAGCGGCCUCGACCGGUGGCUAUAAAAAGUGUCGCUUGCCCCAAUCGAUCUCGCUCGCUCGCUCGCCACUGUCCUUGUCACGCUCACUCACUCCGGCCCCAGCUCACUCACUGAUCACUGGUCUUUAGCUUCUCAGCUCACUCCACCACACACAGACAGACAAAAGCAGCACAGAACAGAAUGCCACCACCAUCUCAAACUCAAGCUCCAAGAAGAAUCAUCCGAACCCAUCAGCACCUCGAACCAACAACACGAACAACAGCAGCAACCUUCUUCUUCUUCCUCCUCCUCCUGCUCCCCACAGCAUCCUCCGGCCAACCCACAUUCCCCGACGAUGCCGCCGCCGUGGAGCGGCAUUGCGGCGGGAUGCUGCUGCACGGGGACGUGUGCGCCGCGACGCUCUCCGCCAUGCCGCCGGGGCUGUCGAAGAAGCCGCUGCCGGAGGUGAUCUCCUACGUGGUGUCCCGCGCCGCGGACGCCGUGCGCGCCGCCGCCUCCAACUGCACCUCCUACCUCGCGCCUGAGCGCCACUCGCAACUCCGGGUGCGCGACCGGCUCGCGCUCGCCGACUGCCUCGAGCUCUUCUCCCACACCUUAACCCAGCUCGCCACGGCAAGCUCCGAGCUCGAGCUCGAGCUCUCGAACUCGAGCCGGACGGCGGAGGAGCGCGUCGCCGGGGUGCAGACGGUGCUGUCGGCCGCCAUGACCAACCAGUUCACCUGCCUCGACGGCUUCUCCGACCCAACCCAAACCCCAGGCGGCCCAAGCCCAGGCCCAGGCCCAUCGGACUCCUCGCCGGGCCGGGUGCGGCCUUACAUCCAGGGCCGGAUCCUCCACGUGUCGCACCUCCUCUCCAACUCCCUCGCCCUCCUCCGCCGCCUCCCUUCUUCUUCCCGCCGCCGCCGCCGCCGCGUCCCAAAUCGCGCCGGCGGUUUCCCGUCCUGGAUAUCCGCGGCGGACCGGCGGCGGCUGGAGCAACAGCAGGUGGCGGCUGCGGACGCGACGGUGGCCAAGGACGGGAGCGGCGACUACGCGACGGUGGGGGAGGCGGUGGCGGCGGCGCCCAACAACAGCGCGAGGCGGUGGGUGAUUCGCGUGAAGACCGGGGGGUAUUUCGAGAAUGUGGAGGUCGGGAGCGAGAAGACGAACCUGAUGCUGGUGGGCGACGGGAUGUGGAAGACGGUCAUUAAGGCGUCCCGCAACGUCGUCGAUAACUACACCACCUUCCGCUCCGCCACGCUCGCGGUGGCCGGGACGGGGUUCCUGGCGCGUGAUCUGACGGUGGAGAACGGGGCGGGGCCAAGCAAGCACCAAGCAGUGGCGCUCCGGGUGAACGCCGACCUCUCAGCCUUCUACCGCUGCAGCUUCGCCGGCUACCAAGACACGCUCUACGCCCACUCCCUCCGCCAAUUCUACAAGGACUGCGACGUCUACGGCACGGUGGACUUCGUCUUCGGCGACGCGGCCGCGGUGCUGCAAGGGUGCAACCUCUACGCCCGCCGCCCCGGACCGGGACAGCGGACCACGGUCUUCACGGCGCAGGGCCGUGAGGACCCCAACCAGAACACCGGGAUCGUCCUCCAGGGAUGCAAGGUCGCCGCCGCCGCCGACUUGGUUCCCGUCCAGGGGAACUUCUCCAGCUACCUUGGCCGGCCGUGGAAGGCUUAUUCCAGGACGGUGUUCAUGGGGUGCAAGAUGGAGAGCCUGGUGCACCCCAAAGGGUGGCUCGAGUGGAACGUCAGCGGAUUCGGGCUUGACACGCUGUAUUAUGCUGAGUAUAUGAACCGUGGGCCUGGCGCUGACACGUCGGCUCGGGUGACGUGGCCUGGGUACCAUGUGCUUGCGGGCGCUGCGGAUGCAAGUAAUUUUACUGUGCAGGCGUUUGUACAGGGUGACCUGUGGCUUAACUCCAGCUCCUUUCCCUACACGCUGGGCCUCGGCUAGAAGUAGAACCAGCUGGUUUUCUGCUUACGAGGAUCUGACCUCCAGUGGUUAAAAUGGACAAUGGCCGAAGGCUACACAUGAAGCAGGGGGGUUAGGCUUCUCACUUAUUGAGCGAUUCGGCUCACCUGUACACCAAAGAGGAGUUGUUAGUGACAAUAAUGUUCAGAUCUGUGAUACUGAUUGAGUGAUUGGUACCCCUGUAACUAGCGUUCAGAUCUGCAAUACUCGUUGAGUUAUUUGUACUCCUGUAACUGUACUGCCAGGGUUGGUCUCUUUGGACAAAUAACAGUGCAAUCGACAGGGCUAA